GCACAGCCUGCGGGGCAGCGCUACCGCACGGCUCUGUGUGCUGGGUAGCACGCAUCCCGCACGGCUGGCUGGGAGCCGCAGGGCCCCGGCUGCGAGGCACGGCCCUUUUAAGAGGCCGCGGGGCCGCUCGGGGAAAGCAUCGAUCGGAGCUAUAAGGAUCCGAGCGGCGGCCGCGGUGACAGCGGGGGCGGCGGCGGAGGUGGAUGCGGCAGCGCUGGGAGCCAUGGACUUCAACGUGAAGAAGCUGGCGUCGGAUGCGGGAGUCUUCUUCUCCCGGGCCAUGCAGUUUACAGAAGAGAAGUUGGGCCAGGCUGAGAAGACUGAAUUAGACGCCCAUUUUGAAAACCUUCUGGCCAGGGCAGACUCAACUAAGAACUGGACUGAGAAGAUCUUACGCCAGACUGAGGUUCUGCUACAGCCAAACCCUAGUGCCAGAGUAGAAGAAUUUCUCUAUGAGAAACUUGACCGGAAGGUACCUUCCCGGGUCACCAAUGGGGAGCUGCUGGCACAGUACAUGACAGAGGCAGCUAAUGACUUUGGGCCAGGGACACCUUAUGGGAAGACCUUGAUAAAAGUUGGAGAGACUCAAAGGCGCUUAGGUGCAGCAGAACGGGACUUCAUCCACUCUGCCUCCAUCAACUUCCUGACACCACUGCGCAACUUCCUGGAAGGGGACUGGAGAACCAUAUCUAAAGAGAGGAGGAUCCUGCAGAACCGCCGCCUGGAUCUGGAUGCCUGCAAAGCACGGUUGAAGAAAGCCAAAGCUGCAGAAGCAAAAGCAGCGUGUGAGGGAGAUGCUGUGCCUGACUUUCAGGAGACUAGACCUCGUAAUUACGUUCUCUCCGCCAGCGCAUCAGCGCUUUGGAGCGACGAGGUGGAAAAAGCAGAGCACGAGCUGCGGCUCACUCAGACCGAAUUUGAUCGGCAGGCAGAGGUGACACGGCUGUUGCUGGAGGGGAUCAGCAGCACACACGUGAAUCAUCUUCGCUGUCUCCAUGAGUUUGUGGAGUCUCAGACCAACUACUACGCUCAGUGCUAUCAGUACAUGCUGGACCUGCAGAAGCAGCUGGGCAGCUCCAAAGGAGAAAUAUUUUCAGGCACGUUUGUAGGGAAUGCAGAAUCCACGUCUCCACCCCCGGCUGCUGCCUCUCCUCCAGCUGUGGCUGCCGCCACUCUCCCAGCUGUGCCUACUAUCCCAGUUGUCCCCACCAUUGUUGGGGUGCCCAAUACUGUGGCAGAGAGUGUCCUGAACCCAAAUGAAGUCAAGCCUCCCACCAGCGGGACGCGGAAGGCCAGGGUCCUGUAUGACUAUGAAGCUGCUGACAGCACCGAGCUGGCACUCCUUGCAGAUGAGAUGAUCACUGUGUACAGCCUGCCAGGCAUGGAUCCAGACUGGCUUAUAGGGGAAAGAGGGAACCAGAAAGGGAAAGUUCCUGUCACUUACUUGGAACUGUUAAGUUAAACGUCCCCCAGGAAAAAGAAUGUACAGACAGAAUGCACCCCUCACCUCCUGGCACUUCUAACGUGGAUUUCUUCAUCAGAGACCCAUUGCUCUCUUCAGGGUUGGCACUCCAUUGCUAAUAUGGGAAUUGGGGGAAAACAAAAGGUUGUGGGAAAGGGCCAACGGCACCCAAGAAUUCAUCCAUAGCAGUGCAGCCUGCUUUGAGGUUAGUCACGAUGGUUCAGGAUUCCUUGAUUACUUUUUCUACCCUGCCCUAGUCUUCUUUAUCACCGGGGCUUUCCCAGGGUCAGCAAUUUGUCUCCCUCAGCUGCUGCUCAUGGAGUUUAAGUUACACGUCCCUUGUGUUUGCUGUCAGUUAGUGCCUGUCUGCCCCUCCUGUCCGCUCUGUUCUUCAGCAGUAGAAAAACCUGAGUCAAACCACAGCACUGUGGGAAAGUGUCCCACACAAAGCCUCUCACAUAGGUUAGCUCUUAAGGAAGCUGCGUUUAAGAAUUAAGAGCCAGUUAAAUCCAACAGGGAGAGCAGGAACACGAGGCUUUCUAAGAGCUGUGCUUACUACAGCGGUGCCUGAUGGCUGCCAUUAGUACUGUCCUCUGAAGCUGGAAUGUCUCUGAAGACCAACCUGGUAACGCAGGGCCUGUAUGUCAGAAAUCAAACCUCAGUGCAAAGGGACCAUGCAUCUUGCUUGCAUUUCCUAUCAACAAACUACUCGGACUGCAAAGAGUUUACAAGCCUUCCUACAAGCUUUGCUCCCUGUGUUAAUUGUCCUGGCUUUUCUUUCAGCGUCUGUUCCAGGCAUGUUUUAGCCUGACUUUACUUUCACCCCAGAUGACUGAUGUAACCAACACCUUCCCUCCCAUCUCAGCAGUGAGCAGACUUGGUGCAUCCCAGUACAGUAAGGAGCAGUCCCACAUGCUGUUAUCUCCAAAGAGCCGUUCCUGGCUGCACACACAUCCAACAGCUCAGGCUGCCCUGGUACAUGUGCUGGGUUCCAAAGGGAGUGUUAAGGUGUGUUUGCAUUUUAACCCUAUAAUGCUCUUUUUAGCUAGAGCUCAAUUGAAGGACUGCUGUUGCUGUGUAACUGGUUUUCCACUUAAGCUGGAUUGAAAUUCACCUGCACCAGGCUUUCUGUUCACUGCCUUCCCCUCGGUAUGUCAGAACUUUGCUUGUUUAUUAUCUAUCUUUUGCACUUUCCCCAAUGGCAUUGUGACCACUCUAAUGUAACAGGGCACUGAGCACCUGUGUAUGUAGGGCUCGUGGUUUUCAGCACUUAUUUGCCAAUAAACAAACUGCCUGACC